GGCAGACUGAUGAGUUGGACAGCUAUAUGUAUCAGACAGUAGGACACCGUGCCAUUGACCUAUAUGCUGAUGCAUUGGAUUUGCCACUCUAUCGUGGUUUCAUAAAGGGUACCAGUGUAAAUAUUGGAAGAGUGUAUACCACGUGUCAGGAAGAUGAGGUUGAAGACCUUUACCACCUCAUGAAGCUUGUUAAGGACAAAGAAGGAGUGGAGGGUGUAUCUGUGGGAGCCAUUCUUUCUGACUACCAGAGAGUUCGAGUUGAAGAUGUUUGCAGAAGGCUUAAUCUUCAGCCUUUAGCUUACCUUUGGCGUCGAAACCAGGAAAAAUUGCUUAAAGAAAUGAUAUCAUCUAACAUUCAAGCCAUAAUCAUAAAAGUGGCAGCUUUCGGUAUGUAUUCAGAUUCUGAGCAAUAUUGUCAGCUGAAACUCCUCAUGGACAAAUCUACAACAUAA